UUCUAAGUAUGAAACUAUUUUUGUUUUGUUUUGUAGAAUGGACACAUUAAAAAAACAUCUUCCUGUUUCUGGUCCUGAUGGAUUGCAUGAACUUCGGAAGAUUGCUCAAAGGUUUGAAGACAAGAUUUUUACUGCUGCUAUAAGCCAGCCUGAUUAUCUUCGGAAAAUAUCUUUAAAGAUGCUCACAAUGGAAAAUAAAUCCCAAAAUACCUUGGGUAGCAAUAUGCCACCAAAUCAAGUUGGCCCUAGCAAUAAACCUCCUGAUCAAGUGUAUUCAGCUCUCCUGAACUUUGGGGCAUUUGAAAACUACUACCACGAUCUUUAAAGUUGUCUCAAUUAUUCCCUAAAUUUUUGUCAUUAAUCUUUUAGAUCUUUCCAUUUAACCUUUUAUUAAAUCCUUAACGGACGUGCCAUGUAGCAAAUUUGAAGUCCUCCAUUUCUAUGUAAUUGGUGCCUUUUUUAAUGUAUUUAAAUUCUACUUUUCUAACUUACAAAAUGCAAAGCUUGAUAGCAGGAAAUUUGUGACCAAUAUGCAAAGUUUAGCUUACAAAAAUUAAAAUCAAUUUGUUUGACUUGCUGGAGGAUCUCAUUGUCAAUGCUUCUGUACUUCACAGAGAGUAAAAUCCUCAUUUUGUUUCUAUAUCCUUACACCACGAAGCACAGUGCUCCAACUCAAUCAAACCUUAGAGUGACUGCAGCAUGUUGCAGCCAAUGCCACCUUGUGUCACUGAAGAAUGUACCAAAAAACAAUGUUAUCAAAUAACCGUUAUGACGCUGCCACAAAGGUAUAAUGUGGCGAUUUUGAUUUUGAAUCCCUCUGCCAUUCACUAUCCAUUAUUUCCUGUUAUAUGGCAGUGUCUGCCAUAUCCACCAUGGCCAUGGUUUUGUUGUGCUUAUGGUGGAACUUCUCGUCCUUUUUUUUAUUCUUUUCUCGUCUUCUCUUUUGUGAAUCUCCUAAGUUGCAACCAAACAACUUUGGUAAGCCUUCUUAGGCCACCACCCUUGCUGGUAAC